CCCCCUCCCGCCCCCCAGCGAUCCCCUCCUGGCACAAAUCCCCCUGUCCAUGCGCUGGUUGACAUGAGCCAGGGUUCCAUUACCGUCUACCUGCCUGAUGGUACGACGCGGACCACAUCCGCGUCCAAUUCCAGCACCGUCAAGGAUCUCCUCCGCCCGCUGCUGCAGAAGACGCAGUUCGCCUCCUCCGACGAGCAUGUCUUCGUCGUGACCAGUCGCUCCGACCCGGAGGGCAAGCGCCUCCAGGAUGACGACCGCCCGCUGAUGCUGCAGCACUCCUGGGGCACCGGCAACCCCAGUCGCUCGCGCAUUCGCCUGGUCAACCCCCGGGACUAUGUGCGGGUCCUGAUCCGCGGCAUCCCCGAGGCCGGGCCCGACGACACGCCGUACGGCAUCUACUCGUCGCUCAACCAGUCGGCCGAGGUCCUGUGUGAUCUGGUGGCCAGUGAUCUGGGUCUGGCCAAGCGCCGGAAGUAUGUCCUGCUGGAUGUCUUCGGCGGCAUGGAGGAGCGCCAGCUCCAGCGCGACCAGAAGCCCCUGUCCAUUGCCCUGUCUCUGUCGGAGAAGCUCGGCCUCGGUGCCUCGGAGUUCCACUUUGUCUUCACCGUUUCCCAGAGCAGCUGGAUCUCCAAGUCCCUGGGGCGCCUGGUCGGCACGAACACCGCCAACCCGGCCCCGAGCAACCUGGACGUCGGGUCCCCCACUAUCCAGGUGGGCGCGCCCACCCUUCCGGUCGAGUCGCCGACCACCACGGCCCUGGCGGCCAUGACCGGUGUCCCGGCCGGCAUCGACCUGAAUGCCGCCAUGCCGGAGCUCUCCGAGCUGGACCAGCAGUUCCUGCGCCUGCUUGAUGAGAUCAACAUCGUCGAUCCGAAGCUCCGCGAGCACAUGAUGUCCCAGGAGCCCCGGCGCAAGUGGGUCAUCAUCAUGCAAAAUCGCCCGGAGUGGACGGCCCGCGAUCGGGGCAUCACGUCCGGCGCCUCGGCCCCCGGGCUGCCAUCCGGCCCGCAGGCCGGCGCCGCGCCGGCCGCCACUCGCAUCGACCGCGACAAGAGCCCCACGCACUACAUCGACAUGCUGGGCAAUCGCAACAUUCAGCUCCGCGAGAUCGCCAGUCUGCGUGUGCAGCUGAACUGCGCCACGGCCACGUGGAUGAGCGAAUUCCUGGAGCUCAAUGGUAUCGGCAGCCUGGAGUCGCUGAUGGAGCGCAUCCAGAAGCGCAUCAUCGCCCAGUCUUCGGCCGCUGGGCGCCGGGUUUGCUCGGAGACCGACUCCGAUCUGCAGCUGGAGGGCCUGCGCUGUGUGCGCACCCUGAUGAACAUCGACUCGGCCCGGUCGGACAUCCUCAACCGGCCGGCCGUGGUGCUGGCGAUUGCCACCUGUCUGGAUGCGGAGAACGAGCGCCUGGCCAUCCUGGCCUGCGAGCUGCUGGCCGGUAUUUGCAUGUUGCCUGCCGCCUCGGCCGAGGCGGAUGCCCUCUCCGGGCAUGCGUUGGUUCUUGAUGCGCUGACCGAGCUCCCGUCGCGCAUUGGCGAGCCCUACCGUUUCCAGCGUCUGGUCGAGAUCGUCGGGUCUUCGCGCCAGGAGUCCAAUGAGCUGCGCACCAUCGCCAUGAGCCUGAUCAAUGCCGUUGUCAACUGCCCGACCGAGCUGGCGCAGCGCCUGCGCCUGCGCGAUGAGCUCUCCCGUCGUGGGCUGAUGAAUGUCCUGCGCAUUGCCCAGCUGGAUGCCACGUCGGACCUGCGCCAGCAGAUCCUCCUCUACAUGGAGGAGAGCGAGUCCGACCAGCUGGACGGCGUGACCAAUGGCAUCAGCGCCUCCUCGCUCAAUGACACCGCCGGCAAGACCAGCGAGUCCAUGAACACCACCCUGUCGGCGGCGCAGGAGCUCUGCCAGCUGGGCCGGUCGAACCCAAGCAUCGAGGUGCACCUGCUGACCAUCCUCCGCACCCUGACCACCCUGGCCAAGCAGACCCCCCAGACGACGGCGACUCUGGGCAGUGCGGCAGCCAGCGCGGCGGUCCUGGCCAACAAGGCCAUGGCCCAGUCGGCUGCCUCGCUGUCCUGGUCCAUCCUGGAGCUCCUGUCGCAGUACCUGUCGCAGCAGUCCCCCGACACCAAUCUCGCGGCACCGGAUGCCUGGUACAAGUUGUGGUCGUCCUUCCUCAACAUCACCGAGGCGGUCUUGCGCAUUCCCAUCCCGGAGACCAUGCGCCCGGAUUACCGGCAGAAGGUGGAGAAGUCCGCCGUGGAGGCCAUCGCCGCGCUGGAUGCCGCCAACAACCAGAUCUCCCGCCUGAACAGCGCCAUCGAGAGCUUCGACAAUGAGCUGGCCUCGCGCGACAGUGAGCUGGCCAUUCGCAACCAGGAUCUGGCCCUGCGCACGCAUGAGCUUGCGAUGCGCGACCAGGAGAUCAUCAACCGCGACCAGGAGAUCGCUCGCCUUCAGGGCGUCGUGGAGGCUCAGGCGGUCGAGAUCGCCGCCAAGCCGGUGGCCACUGUUGCCGCUCCUGCGGUGGCGGCGGGCCCCUGCGCCAAGUGUGCCGAGGGUGUCCCGGUGCCCGCGGCGCCGGCCCCCAUCUACAUCCUGCAGCCGGGCAUGGAUGUCCCUGCCGGGGCCAAUGUCGUCUCCCUGCCGCCGGGUGUGGAGCUCCCCACCCGGACCGUGGUGGUGGCCGCCGCCGAUGUGCCCGCCGCUGGUGCUGGCGCCGGCGCUGUCGGGGCCGGCAGCAGCGGGUCCAUUGCCUCCUCGGGCGGCAUGUCGGCCUCGCAGCUGCCCCCGCCGCCGGGGGCCUCCCCUACCACCAGCCGCUUGAGUGUGGCCACUGAUGGCUCGCUGCCAUCGCCGAUUGGUGGCUCUGGCUCGCCGCUGCCCCCGGCUUCGCCGUCGGCUGCGGGCGCCGGUGGCCCGCCGCCGUGCCCGCCGCCUCCGGGUUCGGCCGGUGGCCCGCCGCCGCCGCCCCCUCUGCCGGGCAUGGGUGGCCCGCCGCCGCCUCCCCCGCCUCCGGGUGGUCCUGGUGGCCCGCCGCCGCCGCCGCCGCCUCCGGGCAUGGGUGCUGGCCCCGCUCUGCCGCCCAAGCGCACCAUCAAGCCGAAUGUCCCCAUGCGCCAGAUGAACUGGGCCAAGCUGCCUGCCAACAAGAUCAAGGAUUCCAUCUGGAGCGACAUCAACGACGAGAAGGUGUCGGUGGAUAUCAAUGUCCUGGAGAGCUUCUUCCAGCGUGACGCGCCCGCCGCCUCGACCAAGACCCGCCUACAGGGGCUGGACGAUGUGGCCGACGCGCCGACCAAGCCCAACUCGAUCACCCUGAUCGACUUCAACCGGGCCAACAACCUGGCCAUUUUGCUGUCGCGCUUCAAGAUGUCCAACUUCGACAUCAAGACCGCGGUCUUGAAGAUGGACGAGGAGAAGCUCUCGAUCGAGCAGCUGCGCGCCCUGCGGCAGUUCACCCCGACCACCGAGGAGGUGGCCCUCGUGCGCGAGUACGACGGCGAUCUGGCCCUGCUGGGCCCGGCCGAGCGGUACUUCCGUGAGAUGAUCUCCAUUUCCAAUUUGGAGACCCGCCUAGAUGCCAUGAUCCUCAAGCGCCAGUUCGACAAGCUGAUGCUGGACCUCACCCCGGAGGUGGAGUCCAUCAACAAGGCCAACAACGAGCUGCUCAAGUCCAAGGUCUUCAAGGAGCUGCUGCAGCAUGUGCUGGCCAUCGGCAACUACAUGAACGGCUCGUCCUUCCGUGGUGGCGCCUACGGUUUCCGCAUUGACAGUAUCAUCAAGUUCGCCGAGACCAAGGCCACUCCGAACGCCCCGUUCCCCACGCUGCUGCACUACCUGGCGCACUACUUCGACAAGAUCGACGAGUCCUUCGUGGACUUCUCCGACACCAUGCCCAACCUGGAGCCCGCGUCGCAGACCUCCCUGUCGGGCCUGCAAGCGCAGGUGGCCGAGCUUCGCCAGAACAUCAGCCGCGUGGAAAAGAUGCUGGAGCAGAUGUCCCGCGUGUCCAUGGUUGCCGGCGGCGGGUCGGACGACGCCUUUGCCAGUGUCAUGUCGGCCUUCAUUCGCAGCGCCAGCCCUCAGGUGGCCGAGCUGACCCGCCUGCUGGAGGAGUCGGCUGCCGGGUUUAAGAAUGUGCUGAAGAAGUUCGCCGAGGAGGAGCUCAACCAGCCGGAGGACUUCUUCCGGGUGAUUGUCAGCUUCUCGCAGGCCCUGCGCCGCGCCCGCAAGGAGAACCAGGAGCAGGAGGCGCAGAAGGAGGCGGAUGCCCGCCGCGCGGCCAAUGCCGCCAAUGCCCUGGCCGCAUCGGCCAUUGCCCGCCGGAACAAGGCCGCUGGUUCGGCCGAGGGGGGUGCCGGUGCGUCGGCCGGCUUGCCGGCUGUCGGGGGCUUGGCCCCGCCGCCGCCACUGGGCCCGGGCGGCUUGAAGCCCCUGGCUCCGAUGUCCCUGUCUGGCGUUCGUGCCGGGGCCAGCCCGGCCUCGCCGGGCCUGGUGCCCAAUGCCUCCGGGUCGGAUGCCGUGGGCGGCUCGGCCAGCAAGGACUCCGAGUUCGACAACAUGCUGCGCGGCCUGCGCGGCGGUGGCUCGGCCUUCCGCCGCCAUCGCCAGUCGGUCAUGAUCCCGCAGUCGCCGCAGACGCCGCAGGCGCCGCAGACGUAGUGUCUCCCUGUUGGGGGGGGGGGGGGCUUGGUG